CCCUCCUCUCCCCCUGUGCACCUGGCUGUGCGUGCUGUGGCUGCACCGUGCAUACAUUACAGGAUCCAUGCUGCUGCUGCUGGAGGUCCCUUUAAUCUGCACAUGACUUGCCAAGGAUCCGUCGCUCACAGACAGCUGUCUCCAUGGCUGGGCAGCCUGAUCUAGGGAAAAGCAACGCAUCCCUCCUUCCCAGCGACAUCAGCCCUGCAUCCGUGGCUAAACUGGCAUCCCUGGGCUUCAUCGCCUCUGUCAGCCUGGUGGGCAACCUCCUGUUCGCCUUCAUCACCCUGAGAGCCAGGAGCCUGCACACAGCCCCUUAUUACUUGAUGCUGGACCUGAUCCUGGGAGAUGUCAUCCGCUCCCUGCUUUGUUUCCCUUUGGUGCUGAAAUCCAUCACUAGUGGAUCUCAAUGGACCUAUAGCAUGAGGAGCUGCCGGAUCAUGGCCUUUGGGGCAGUCCUGCUCUGCUUUCAUGCUGCAUUCAUGCUUUUGUCCAUCAGCCUGACCAGGUACAUGGCCAUAGCCCACCAUAGGUUUUAUUGCAAGAGGAUGACAGGCUGGGCUUGUGCCCUUCUCAUCUCCAUGGCUUGGAUCCUGUCCACAGCUAUGGCCUUACCUCCAGUAUUUGAGGUGGGCACCUACAAGUUCAUAAGAGAAGAGGACCAGUGCACAUUUGAGCAUCGUUAUGUUAAGGCUAAUGACAGCCUGGGCUUCUUGCUAAUGCUGGCCUUCAUAGUGGGGGCCACUCAUUUAAUCUAUAUGAAGCUACUGUUUUUUAUUUAUGACCAUCGCAAAAUGAAGCCAGCCCAGCUUACCCCAGCUAUUAGCCAAAAUUGGAGCUUCCAUGGUCCAGGGGCAGCUGGCCAGGCAGCUGCCAACUGGAUUGCAGGAUUUGGAAGGGGUCCUACACCCCCUACCCUGGUAGGAAUGAGGCAGACAACCCAAAAUCAAAUCAAGAGACUUUUGGUUUUGGAAGAAUUCAAGCAGGAGAAGAGGCUCUGCAAAAUGUUUUAUGUGAUUACAGUUCUGUUUUUGCUAUUCUGGGCUCCUUAUUUGGUGGCCUGCUAUUUAAGGGUGUUUCUGAAGGCAGCUUCACUGCCCCAACACUACCUGACAGUGGCAGUAUGGCUUACAUUUGCUCAGACAGGAGUAAACCCUAUUGUCUGUAUCCUGGUAAACAAAGAAGUGAGGCUCAUUUUGAGAGCCUAUUUUCCUUGUAUAGGCACCCAGACACAAAGAGAGCCUCAUAUAGACAUUUAAGGCAGGCCUGUAAAUGUAUAUUAUUUUGUUAUGGGGUAUGCAAACAAUAGUUAUCAUGACAGAAUAAAUUUUUUUUGCAAAUUCCAUGGGUGGUCAGACACAAACAACUUUCUUGUUGUAAUUAAAAUAAGUCUAGGGGUAAUUGGAGUUUCAGUCAAUCAAGGUUAGCAUAAUGAAUUAUUAAUUCUGUUUAAAGUGAAGUUUAAUUCAACAAAUGGAGAUACAAAUGCUGUGUCUAAGGUACAGUGUGUGACAUGUAACUGUCAGUAACAAGAUUUCUUGCACAAGCUAUGUUUUUUUUUUAUUUUUGUCCUCAAAAUAAUAUAUAUAAAAAUAAUAAUGAUAAUGUAUUUAUGUGUGUCCAGACACAUACAAAUGUGAUUGCAAAAAUUGCCAUUGAAGUGAAAAGUUUUAAACUUUGAACAUAAUAGCUUUACAUUAACACCAUGAAGAACGUCACAAUUUCACCAGGCACAUACUUUCUGUCUCUCUCUCUAUCUGUAUGUUUGUUGUACUGCACACAAUGAAAAUGAGACAGAUUAAAUUUGCGCAGGGCCCUAGGCCUGUCACCAGUUGCCCACUCCUUCCGUCACUCUCUUGGCGUGAGGAUGGUUAAUAGGGCCAGCUUUGGCCAGGUAUCUUCUGCUGCUAAUAACCAGCAAUGCUCUGUUUAUCUGCCAUACCUUCAGGCUCAGAGUAUCAGAAAUCCAUUGGCAUUCAAAUUCAGGCAUAGGGUUGGAAUUACAUAUCAAGCACUAUAGACACAGAUAUUUCAACCCCCCCCACC